UCGAUUAUUAUAAUAGGGAAAAAAAAGACAGCACGUACAUAAAAAUCUAACGCGUCAGAACUGUGGCGUGCUUUUCAAGUUACCACUUGUGUAAAGAGAAGGGGCACUGUAUAUUAAACAAAUGAUCCCUAUUCCCUAGCAAUGCCUGGCUUCUUCACUUGUGAUGUGCCUGCAUGAAGGUGCAAGUGAUCUGCGCUUCACUGAAGCGCUUGUGAGGAUUCAAGUACUGAGUUUUGUGUUUUCUUCUCGUUCCGUAUUGUCUGUCUGCGGGGAAUUCGUACAAAAAUGGGGUGGAUGAUGAUGUGGGGAAUGGAAGGCCAGGGGAAGCAGAAGAAGACGCCGAGGUUGGCCUCCGACGCGCUGCCUCUUCCUGUGUGGGUGACCAACAAGGUAUUCUUGGUACUCUUCUUCCUUGCCUCAUACUUCUUGAUUGGGCGGUGGAAGGAAAAAGUCAGAAUUUCCAUUCCGCUCUACACGCUUAGCCUGGUGGAAAUCGGGGCCCUGCUCUCCCUUGUGGCCUCCUUUAGCUAUCUCCUCGGAUUCUUCGGCAUCGCCUUCGUGCAAAACACUGGGGAAUUCGACAACCAUGGGGAAGAACCAAUGCUGGAUUCUUGCAAGCCUAAAGAAGAGGCGGAUCCUCCGGCAAUCGAUGUGACGAAUUGCACGGAUGAGGAAAUUGCAGUUGCUGUUGCCCAUGGAAGCGUGGCGUCGCAAAUGUUGGAGAAGAGGGUGGGGAACGCCAGGAGGGCGGCCUCUGUGCGGCGCAGAGCUGUGGAGUUAAUGAUCGGAAGGUCUCUGGAGGGUCUGCCCCUUGAGGGUUUUGAUUACGACGCCAUUGUGGGUCAAUGCUGUGAGUUGCCUGUAGGGUAUGUACAGAUUCCGGUGGGUGUUGUGGGACCACUGCUGCUUGACGGAGCAGAGUACAUGGUUCCAAUGGCCACUACGGAGGGCUGCUUGGUGGCCAGUACCAACAGAGGGUGUAAGGCCAUUUACCUCUCCGGUGGGGUCACUAGUGUUAUUCUCAAGGAUGGCAUGACUAGGGCACCCGUUGUCAGCUUCGCCACCGUUAAAAGGACUGCCGAGCUCAAAUAUUAUGUCGAUGAUCCGGACAAUUUUGAUACCUUGUCGGUAGUGUUCAACAGGACAAGCAGAUUUGCAAAGCUGCAGAGCAUUCGAUGUGUCCUUGCUGGUCGGAAUGCAUAUGUGCGCUUUAAUUGCUCCACAGGAGAUGCCAUGGGAAUGAACAUGGUAUCCAAGGGUGUACAAAAUGUCUUGGAUUAUCUUCAGGAUAUUUUCCCUGACAUGAAUGUCAUUAGCAUUUCAGGUAAUUUCUGUGCAGACAAGAAGGCUACUGCUGUGAAUUGGAUAGAGGGCCGUGGUAAAUCAGUUGUAUGUGAGGCUGUUAUUGAGGAGGAGGUAGUGACGAAGAUCUUAAAGACGUCCGUGUCUGCACUCUUGGAAUUAAAUAUGAUCAAGAAUCUGGCUGGAUCUGCUAUGGCUGGUGCCAUUGGAGGCUUUAACGCUCACGCUGCAAAUAUCGUUUCUGCAAUAUUUAUUGCAACUGGACAGGAUCCAGCUCAAAAUGUUGAAAGUUCUCAAUGCAUUACAAUGAUGGAAGCAACAAAUGAAAAGGAUCUGCAUGUCUCUGUGACGAUGCCAUGCAUUGAGGUUGGGACCGUUGGUGGAGGUACUCAGUUAGCUUCUCAAGCAGCUUGCUUAAAUUUACUUGGUGUGAAGGGUGCAAAUACAAAUUAUCCUGGAUCUAAUGCCCGUUGCCUUGCAAGAAUUGUUGCUGGGGCAGUGUUGGCUGGAGAACUCUCGCUUAUGUCAGCACUUGCUGCAGGUCAGCUUGUUAAGAGUCAUAUGAAGUAUAACAGAUCUUCCAAAGCCAUUGCUUGAGGAGGCUAAACUUCUAUACGACUGUUGGGGGGAGGCCAGAUAUCGCGUGUUUCCCUUAAGGCCAAAUACAGAGCACAAAUUAUUAACGAAAGCCUAUAGGCAUUUAAUUUCUUUUUCACGUUAGAUCUCUAGUUCCUAAUGCCUUACCAAUUUUUUAGGAUUGAUUGGUUCUUUGAUACUGUUUUGAUGUAUCCUUGAAAGGAGUUGCCUGUACUUUCCCUUUUGCAGGCAUGCUCAAUUCAAUUUUUUAGGUGUUAGGAUCAAUUCUUUGGACAUCUACUUUUUGUAUUAAUAAUGUAACAGAAUAUUUGUGUGAUUUCAUGGCAUCAUGUUUACGUUGCAUUCAGAAUGUCA